AUGUCCACCUCGGCAUCUACCUCGAUGCCCAAGUGGUACAAGCCCGAGCCUUCGGUUGAGGAGCCCGUCCUUCGCGUCUUCAACUCGCUCACCCGCUCCAAGGAUGUCUUCAUCCCCUCUCGUGGCCGCCAGGUCGACUGGUACAACUGUGGGCCGACCGUGUACGAUGCUACCCACAUGGGACACGCACGCAACUACCUCACGCAAGAUAUUGUGCGCCGCAUCCUCCGCGACUACUUCAACUACGACGUCAACUUCGUCAUGAACAUCACGGACAUUGACGACAAAAUCAUCAUGCGCGCACGCGAGGGAUAUCUACUCGACGAGACUAUCCAGCAGAAUCCCAAGCUCUCGCCUGAACUGGUCACGGAGGCGCGCGAGGCGUUCGCGCAGUACCUUCCCAAACUCGUCAAGAACCUUCCCUCGCCGGUCGAGAGUGGUAGCAACGAUGCACUCACGCAGUUCGGUGCCAUCGAGAAGAAGGCCGCAAGCGACGCAGCGUUUGUCGCCGCCGGUACCGAGAAGGAGGAGAAGUUCGCACUGUACAUUGCUUCGCUGGGCAAGGCGCGCGAUGCCAUCGUCGCGGCUGAGAAGGGGCAGGGAUCCACCAAGGACCUCGUGGAUGGCACGGCGGACGUCCUCGGCCCAUACCUUGGCGCGUCCAAGGGUGCGUCGAUUCCCAACCUCGUUGACGUGUCGCGCGCACUUGCAUCCAAGUGGGAGAAGUCGUUCUUCGACGACAUGAAGCGCCUACGCGUUCUGUCCCCCGAUCUCGUGACCCGCGUGUCCGAGUAUGUGCCCGAAAUUGUCACGUUCAUCCAGAAGAUUAUCGACAACGGCUUCGCGUACGAGUCUGAAGGGAACGUUUGGUUCAACGUCGACAAGUUUGAGGGCGCGGAGGGCGACGGGUUCCGCCACGAGUACGCCAAGCUUCAGCCGUCGGCCAAGGGCAACCGCAAGCUGCUGGACGAGGGCGAGGGUGCGCUCACGGGAUCGCGCGGCAAGCAGUCGUCAGCCGACUUUGCGCUGUGGAAGGCGUACAAGCCCGGAGAACCGGCGUGGCCGUCGCCGUGGGGUGAGGGCCGUCCAGGCUGGCACAUCGAGUGCUCGGUCAUGGCGUCGGCCGUGCUCGGCGACGGUAUGGACAUCCACUCGGGUGGUGUCGACCUCAUGUUCCCGCACCACGAUAACGAGCUCGCCCAGUCCGAGGCUGCCCUUGGCUGCAAGCAGUGGGUCAACUACUUCCUGCACACGGGGCAUCUGCACAUUGAGGGUCUCAAGAUGUCCAAGUCGCUCAAGAACUUUAUCUCGAUUGACGAGGCACUCAGGGAUUACAGCGCGCGCCAGUUGCGCCUGGCGUUCAUGCUCCAGACCUGGAACAGCCGCAUGGACUUCAGGCGAGACCUCGUGUUGGACGUCAAGACCAAGGAGGAGUCGUUUGACAAGUUCUUCGCCAACGUCAAGGCGCGUAUCUCGGAGACGGCUGCGCGCUUCGGUGACGGCGACGACUCAGACGGCAAGCACCACUUUGACGAGCUUGAAAAGAAACUCUUCGCCGACUUCCACAAGGCGCAGUACGACUUCCGCGUCGCCCUCUGCGACUCGUUCAACACGUCGCAGGCGAUCAACGUUCUCCUGGAUCUGGUCAGCGCCGUCAACGUGUACUUCCGCGCCCGCGGCGCCGACUACAACAUCCAGCCGAUUCGUACGAUCGCGCAGUGGAUCACGCGCAUGCUCAACAUGUUUGGGCUGGGUGAGGGACCCGCGGUUGCAUCGGCCAGCGCGAUUGGGUGGGGCAAGGAGGGUGACUCUGGCGCGGGUGCGGACCUCGAAGCCCAGCUGGACAAGUACAUCCGUGCGCUCGCGUCCUUCCGUGAUGAUGUGCGUCGCCUCGCCAUCCAGGGCAAGGACAACGCUGCCCUCUCAAAGGACAUCCUGACCCUCUGCGACACGUUCCGCGACGACGACCUGGUCGAGCUCGGCGUCCAGCUCGAAGACGGACAAGGGAAGGACGGCGCUGCGCUGUACAAGCUCGUCGACCCUUCUGUGCUCCGCGCUGCGAGGGAGGAGAAGGCUAAGGCCGCUGCCGACAAGAUCGCGAAGAAGGAGGCGGCGCGGAAGGCUGAAGAGGCCAAGCGCCUCGCUCAGCUUGAGAAGGGCCGCGUCUCGCCGGUUGACAUGUUCAAGCCCCCCAACGUGGCUGAGGGAACUUGGACCAAGUGGGACGAGGCGGGCGUGCCAACUCACGAUGGGCAGGGUGUCGAGGUUUCCAAGGGCCAGAGCAAGACGUUUGCCAAGGAGCGCAAGGUGCAGGAGAAGCUGCAUGAGGCGUUCAACGCGUGGCAGAAGGAGCAGGCAUAG